UUAUACAUGCUUGUUUGGUUUUAACUUUUGAAACAAGAAGAUCAAACAAAAAAUGGUUAAAGAAUCAAUAGAAAAGAAACUCGAGGAAGCAGCAUCAAAAGGCGACAUAACAACUCUAAGAGAAUUACUCCAGCAAGAUCCAAUCCUUAUUCAUCAACUCUCAUUUCCAUAUUCAAGAAAUCUCCUUCACAUAGCCACCAUGUCUGAACAAGAAGCCAUCGUCGAAGAGAUAACAAGGCGAUAUCCACAGCUAGCACGAAAUCCAGACUCCCAAAAGUCGUCGCCUCUCCACAUGGCGGCAGCGCGGGGAAGCCUCGGGAUCGCCGCAAGAUUGAUCACGGUGGCCCUGGAGAUGUGCUGGUGGCGCGAUGAUCAAGGCAUGAACCCGGUUCAUGUGGCUGCCGUGAAAGGGCAUGUUGAGAUGGUGAAGGAGCUGCUUCGAGUGGACUCGUUUCCGGCUAUGGAGAGAGUGCGCCGCGGGCAGACCGUGUUGCAUUUGUGCGUGAAGCAUCGGCAGAUUGAGGCGUUGAAGGUUUUGGCGGACAAGUUGGGAGAUCUUGUUUGUGCAAAGGAUGAUGAUGGGGACACACUCUUGCAUUUGGCUGUUAGGUCUAAUCAACUUGAGAAAAUGGGCAGAGCCUCCAAAUGGUUCCGAGGCCUACUCAGCUUCAAGAAGCCCGACCCCACCGCCGCCCCAUCUCAGAAUCCGCCCUCCAAGAAGAAAUGGAGCUUUCCCAAGGGGAAACACUGCCGCCGAUCCCACCACCACGCCGUCGUUCCCGGCGGCUACGUCGACGACGAUGAGACUAGUAGGCAGGUCAUUGCCCUCGCCACCGCCACCGCCGCCGUCGCCGAGGCUGCCGUCGCUGCCGCCCAUGCCGCCGCCGCAGUAGCCCAGCUCACCAGCGGUGGAGGAUUCGACCGUGCCACCGCCGCGCAUGGUGCCCAAAACGGCGUCGCUUAUUCGUGCCCGGAGGAGAGAGCGGCUGUUGUGAUUCAAUCCCAUUUUCGUGCUUAUCUCUCGAGGAGAGCUCUACGGGCGCUAAGAGCGUUGGUUAAGCUCCAAGCGGUCGUGAGAGGCCACAUUUUGCGGAAGCGGAACGUUGACAAGUUACGACAGCUGCAGGCCCUUGUGCGCGCCCAAGCAAGGGCACGGGUUGGCCGACUUCUCAUUGAGGAAAGCACAAAGCCCUCCCACUUCAACCACACAGAGAAAGCAGAUCAUGCAAUGCUGGCCGGUGUCAAAAUGCAGCGGAGAAAAGGCGAGAAGGCGCCAUGGGACCAGAGCGACAAGGUUGUACAAGUUGACACAGGAAGGCCAAACACGAACCCGGUAGGCAGAACAGUCAUCCACUCGUCUCAACCAAGCCACAGCUCCGACCAUACCACGUGGUCGAGUACAUCCCUGCGUUCCCUAACAUUAGGCCUAGAUGCCAACGGAACGGGAGCUCCAAGAGGGCGCUGUCCACGCCUGCCAAGAGCUCCCUGAGCAGGGCCUUACAAGGUUAUAUGAACAUUGAUAUGGGUAAUAAUGGUGACAAGAAGAUAGGAUUUUGAAAUUUUGGCUAAAAGUAGAAAUCUUGGGAGAAUGCAGCAUUUGGGAUAACAACUCAACAAACACAACAACUUUAAGAUAAUGAUUGAAGGCUCAUUAUCAUAAAUUGUUAACAUAUU